UCCAAGCUUCAGGCUUUCUCUGUAAGCAAAAAGAAUGGAGGACUACGUAGGGCCAAACCCGAACCCGAAUCCUGCUCCAUGUUGGAGCAGCAUUCUAAAGAGCCAACCGGCAAAGCCUCAAUCUCGAAACCAAACAACGGAGCCGAGCCAACUCUUCGUGGAAAGCUGCAAAUCCACGAUGGGGAUAGCGGUGGCCGUGGUUGAUGCCAACGCCAUUAUUGAAGGUGGCGAAAGGCUCAACAACAACUCUGACAAGUUCAUCACCGUCCCCGAAGUUCUCGCCGAAAUUCGCGACCCUGUUUCUCGCCACCGCCUCGCCUUUAUCCUUUUCUCCAUCGACUCAAUGGAGCCCUCUCCCGAUGCCCUAAAUAAAGUUAUCAAAUUUGCGAGGGCGACUGGUGAUUUGCAGACUCUUUCGGAUGUUGAUCUCAAGUUGAUUGCCUUGACGUAUACAUUGGAGUCGCAAAUUCAUGGAACGCAUCAUCUUAGGGAUGCUCCACCCCCUGUUCAUGUUGUUAAUGUAAAGAGGCUUCCCAAAAGGGACUUGCCUGGAUGGGGCUCUAAUGUCCCCAAUUUGGAAGAGUGGGAAGCGCUCGAAUGUGAAAACGGGGAUGGAUUGAAUUCUAACUCAAGAAUCCUUCCAUUGAAAGACUUAAAUAUGAACAUUGUCUCUUCGGAUAACCGUUCCGAAGGUGGAUCAGUGGAAACAAAAGGUGAAACUCAUUCUGAGAAUCAGGAGGAUGCUGAUCAGGGUUUUAGGAGGCCUAGGCGAUAUUUACCCCAUAAAAAAGAGGUAAAAAUAGAAGGGAAAAAGAUGGUGGCUGAUGGGAUUGAUGCAUCUCAGGGGCAGUUUGAUGAUAACACUGAUGAUUGGAAACCUGCUGUUAGUCGAAGUACUCAUAGGAGAUUCCUUAGGAGGAAAGCUAGGCGGGAAUGCUAUGAGGCGUUAGUGGAGAAAGAUUGUCAAGAAGUUAUGAAGAAAAGCAUAGAGAAGAACAAUGUUGAAGAUGCAAGUGGUCCUGAUCAGCUGUUGCAACGAAGUGCCGAAGAAUUUCAUAAUGGAAAUGGGAUUUCUGUGCAGGCUGAGCAAGCAGAAGUUGACGUGGGUGAUGGGGAUCUUUCAUCAAUCCUAAAACAAAUGAGGCUGGAAGAAGAUUCAGUGAUUGCUCUUCAUGAAGGAACUGAAGAGGAGACUGCCAUGGAGGAAGCUGUGUUAGAUGGUAAUGUAAAUAUUGCUGUUGAAGGAGAUGGUGAAGAAUUAGAGCAGUUGGAGUUGUCAAGUCAGACCAAUGAAACCGAACAUGCAUCAUAUGCAGAUGAUGUUAGCAGUGAACAGAGCUGGAUGCUGAGGUCCUUAUCCGAGUCCACCGUGGCUUGUGUAACGGGGGACUUUGCAAUGCAAAAUGUUCUUUUGCAAAUGGGUUUACGAUUACUAGCACCUGGUGGAAUACAGAUUAGGCAGCUGCACAGAUGGGUAUUGAAGUGCCAUGCCUGCUAUACCGUGACUGCUGAAAUUGGAAGAAUUUUCUGUCCCAAGUGCGGGAAUGGAGGAACAUUACGAAAGGUAGCUGUUACUGUUGGUGAAAACGGAAUUGUUUUGGCAUCCCAUCGCCCAAGAAUUACAUUGCGCGGUACAAAGUUUUCUCUGCCUUUACCCCAAGGUGGAAGGGAUGCCAUAACCAAAAACCUCAUUUUGCGUGAAGAUCAACUUCCCCAGAAGUUCCUUUACCCUAAAACUAAGAAGAAGGCAAAUAAACAGGGGAACGUUGAUCUCUUAAUGGCUGGGGACACCUUCACUCACCAUAGUGAUAAGAGAGCACCUCUUCAGCCUCCAGUAAGAAAAGCAUUAGCAGUCUUUAGUGGAAAGAGGAAUCCGAACGACAAUCAUUACUCACGAUCAAAGCAAAAGUAACUACUUCUAACUUUUAUAUUUUU